AACACAUCUGUGUACCUAGAGAUCACAGAUCCAUUUUAAUUGGCAUCGGGUUCGCAGCACAACGCAACUCUCCGAAGAUGACCGAAACGAUUCGCAAGACGAUGAAGGCUCUGGUGAAGAGAGAAGAGAAAGAGUCGUACGUUCUUCAGGACAUCCCAGUGCCGGAGCCGACAGGGGACGAGGUUCUACUGAAAGUGGAAUCUGUGUCCAUAUGCGGCUCGGACAUCAGCCUGUACAAGUGGACAGAGAUGGCUAAAGUGAUUGCUACCAUUCCCUUUAUCCCAGGUCACGAGUGCGCAGGUGUGGUGGUCAAGGCUGGGCCCCAAUGUCCCCUACCCCUUGGAACUAGGGUCGGGGUGGAGAAUCACUUCUACUGUGGGGACUGCUACCAGUGUACCCACAACCAGAAGGAGAUCUGUCAAAAUAUGGGGCAGUACGGGCACGGCAGAAAGACAUUUCACGGGGGGUGUUCCCAGUACAGUAUUGUCUCCGCCAAAUACUGCUACCCGCUCAAGACAAAUAUCACUGCAGAGGACGCGGUGUUACUGGAGCCCCUUGGGGUUGCCCAUAAUGCCAUAGAACGCCUGGAGGUGGCGGGAGAAGAUGUGCUUGUCAUCGGAUGUGGGCCUGUCGGGCUGCUGGCCAUAGGGGUAGCCAAAGCCAUAGGCGCUUCAAGAGUUACGGGUGUUGACAUUGAUGAAAGUCGCUUGGAAUUGGCCAAAACGUUAGGCGCCGAUCGGCUGAUUAAUUCACUGAAAGAAAAUGUGAAGGAGACAGUGCUGAAGCAAACCAAUGGGGACGGAGUGGGCCGAAUUGCCGAAUGUAGUGGGGCGGCGGCCAUGAUCAGCUCUAUGUUUACUUACCUCCGAAAGGGUGGUCAAGUGGUCAUGGUGGGCCUGCCAAAGCAGCCCGUCCACGUAGAAGAUCCUCUGCCAAACAUAGUGUUCAAAGGUUUAACGCUGAAAACAGUUCACGGGCGGCAGAUAUUCCACACGUGGGAAGAGGCGGAAAGGCUAACAUCUGAGAAAAAAGUGAAGACUGCGGCCGUCAUCUCUCACCGGUUCCCCAUGUCCAGGUUCGAGGAGGCAUUUGACGCUCUGUUCAGCGGGAAGGCCUGUAAGAUUGUGCUGGACCCGCACAGCUAGAUCCGCAUGUGUUCAGUUCGCAUUUAGGCCUACUACAGCAAUAC